UACCGCUACCACCACCAUCAACAUCGUCAUCAUAGAAUUCCAUUAUAUAUAAUAUCUCCGAUACAUUUUUGCGGUGGCUGCGAACCCUAGACAAUCAUCAUAAUUUUCAUCAAAGUGGAGGGAAUCAGAGAAAGGAAUAGUGGCAUCGCUGGGUUUAUUCUCCUUAGGUUAUGCCGUUUGUUCUUCCGGGUCUUCAUUUUCUUUUUGAGUUAGGAUGAUGGAUGGAUUGGAUUAGGGUUGUUUUCAGUUCCUAUUUGAAAAGAUUAACAUUAUCUAGGACAUGGAGCAGUUUUGCCUUUGGUCAGAUUGCUACCAACAUCGGGUUCUCUCGUUCCAGGAAGUUCUUGAUUGGCGAUUUCUCAUCCUUGGAGAUUUUCUUGUUACUUUUGUCAAUUGCACUUAGUGAAAAAUUUGUUGCGAGUGAUCAGAUCUGGAGGCCGAUUGCAUCCCACUACUAAAUAGAUGUUGAAUCUCUAGUGCACUUCUAUGAGCGAGUUGCAUGAUAUAUAUAUGUUUGGAAGUUUGUAAAGCUGUUUACCUGGUGGCACUAUUAAUCUUUUUGUGCACUUCUCUAUUUCUGAUGGUGCAUUGUUGAGGCAACAUGCAUUUUGAGACCCUUUGAAAAUUUCUAAGGACUGAAGCUGCAAGCAUUCAAAGGAACUUUACUGUGUAUUUAAGUGUUAGAUUGGUGUGCUGUAUUUUCUCUUUAUUUCUUUCCUCCCCGAUGUCCAUUUGAUAGUUGUGGAAUUGUUGGAGAUCUUGUCGGUCUCAGUAUCUCUGGAUGAAGAAUGGUGUCUGAGAGCAUUGCUGACUGCUUCCUCAGCCAAUAAUGGACCAAUGUUGAAAUGUUCUAAGGCCCAAAUUUCUUCUGCUUAUCUCAAUUUCGAAGCCUAUGAUUUGAUGUACUAUAUGAAUAAGGCUGUGAAGCACAUGCGCCAUUAUACCAUUGGUUUUGCUUGCAUUGAAAUGCACUAGGAAGAUUAAUGGUCGCAAAAUAGUCAGUCUUUUUGUUUACUCUCUUCUCAAGGCAUUUAGAGAAUAAAAAGUUUCGGUCCCCUUUUUUGUCUCUUUUGCAAUAAGUGGUGAUUCAGAUCGUUGGUAUUGCAAGAAGAAUGGAAAGGUACAAGGUUAUCCGAGAGGUUGGUAAUGGCACUUUUGGAAGUGUCUGGCGAGCUAUAAGCAAGCAGUCUGGUGAAGUGGUUGCAAUCAAGAAAAUGAAGAAAAAAUAUUACUCAUGGGAAGAAUGCAUUAGGCUCAGGGAAGUGAAGUCGCUUAGGAAAAUGAACCAUCCAAACAUAGUUAAGCUAAAGGAAGUUAUCAGGGAAAAUGAUGUCCUCUACUUCGUGUUUGAAUACAUGGAGUGCAAUCUGUAUCAGCUUAUGAAGGACAGGGGAAAGCAUAUCUCUGAAGCUGAAGUAAGAAAUUGGUGCUUUCAAGUGUUUCAGGGUCUUGCAUACAUGCAUCAACGUGGAUACUUCCAUCGUGACCUCAAGCCAGAGAACUUGCUAGUCUCAAAGGAUACGAUAAAAAUUGCUGAUUUUGGUCUUGCUCGUGAGAUCAAUUCCCAACCUCCAUUUACUGAAUAUGUCUCAACCCGCUGGUAUCGGGCCCCAGAAGUUCUGCUUCAGUCCCCAACAUAUGGCCCCCCUGUUGAUAUGUGGGCAAUGGGUGCAAUAAUGGCUGAACUGUUCACACUUCAACCUCUAUUUCCUGGUUUAAGCGAGCCUGAUGAGAUUUACAAGAUAUGCUCUGUGUUAGGCAACCCAACCAAGAGUGAAUGGUCUGAGGGUCUUCAACUUGCUAGUGUCAUGAAUUACCAAUUCCCGCAAGUUCCUGGGGUUCAUCUUUCUGUGUUAAUACCUGGUGUUAGCAAGGAUGCAGUCAAUCUUAUUACAUCCCUGUGUUCGUGGAAUCCAUGCAAGAGGCCAACAGCCUUGGAGGCUCUUCAGCAUCCUUUCUUCCAGAGCUGCUUCUAUGUUCCACCAUCUUUACGAUUUAAAGCUACUAAUGCAAGAACACCUCCUUCUGUGGGAACCAGAGGGAGUUGGGAACAAAACAAUGGUCGUAGAUACCCAGGCAGUGUGUCAAACCUAAAGCCUCCAAACACCUUUUCUUCUGGCAAACCACAGCCCCAUGCCACAGCUGCAGGUGCACAAAGGAAGCUGGACUUGAAUAAUCAGGAUAUGCCUAAAAACGACAAGAAUCUGAAGGCCCCCGCCAAGCAACAGCCAAAGUAUAGGCCGCCAGGAAUGAAUGGCCCAUCUGGUAACUUUGGGAAAACAACACAUGGAGUAUCUGAUGCAGCUGAGAAGUUGGGAAGCAUGAGAAUGGGAUCGGGUAAGUUGCAGGCAAAACCUUGCGCGGCUCCUCCUCCACCUAUGAAGGCUGGAGGCUGGCAUGGAGGAUCCACAGAAGUUCUUCCUAGAAGAGCUUAUACCAGGAAAGUGGCAGGUUGAUGAUAUAUAGAACUAAUAAUAAUACCUAGUCGUGUUGUGGACGACAAAUAAUCCGGUUAUUACGGUGCUGUGCUGUUUGCGUGGUGCGUGUCUAUGCUCUAUGCUGUUUAAUAGUAUAUGAUAUAGACUUGUGGGAUUUUUGGUCUAUUAUGUUGUACUUGUGAAUGCUUGCAUGUGUCGAAAUCUCAGAUAGUAAUGAACCUUAUUUGUAUAUGUUUGAUGAUUCGUAUGCAAAAUUAUACUGUAAUCAAGAAAGUUGGCUGUAUACUUUUUCAUGCUCA